AUGGCGACUCUGGCGGAGAAGUUCGAGAAGAUCAAGUCUCCGAAGCUGCAGAGUCAGCACCAUACUGGUGUGGUGCUUUCUGCAGUGGAAGAUACUCUUCGCGACCAAAAGGCAGACUUUUCUCCUACUGCUUAUUUCGCAGCCCUCCUCGCGCUGCUCUCACAGUCUCUUUCCGCCGAACAAGGCAUCGUCAAUAAAGAAUUGGCUACUUCGGUCGUCUACCUUCUCGAUCUCACAACCGCUUAUGUCCCUGCCCCAAUUCUUCGCUCAAAAUUCUCUCAAAUCCUCACCAGUCUUGCACCUGCCCUCUCACUUCCUGAAGUUGAAGCCCCUCUUCUGCGACCGUCAAUUGGCUGCCUCGAGUCACUGCUCAUCGCUCAGGAUGGUCCAGCAUGGAAUCUUCCGCACACCCAAAUUGGCCCACGCCGGGCCACGGCUGGUCUGCUAAGUCUCUCAGUUGACCACCGGCCCAAGGUGCGGAAGCGCGCCCAGGAAGCUCUUAUCAAGGUUCUUCAGGCACCUCCCCCGAGCCCAUCUCUGGACCAUCCCGCAGCAGAUAUGUGCGCCGAGUCAGCGAUGAAGACCUUGAGCGACAGCAUUGCGGCUGCUACUAAGCAGAAAAAGGGCCGUCAGGAUGCGCAGAACCGCGAGAACCACGAGCCGCUAGUUAUUCAUUCACUGCAGUUGGUCAAGACCAUUGCCUCCGCGUCUGGUGGCUGGCCGAGUAAGAAGAUCGAAGCGCUCUGCGAACUGUUGAUGAAUGCGUCCCGCUCUACCAAUGAGUAUAUCACCAUGGGUGCUUUCGAGGUCUUCGAGGUUAUCUUUGAGGGCAUGGCUGACGAGUUCUCAUCCUCUAAAUUGCCCCGUCUGUUGGAUGCCAUCACCGAACUGAAGCCUGCACAGAACGACUCCCAGCUUCUCCCACCUUGGAUUGCAGUCCUUUCUCGUGGUUAUGAUGUGUCUGCACAGAUUAGCCCCGAGGACACUUUUAUGAAGCUGCCAGAACUUUUCCAAUUGAUCGCUGGGUUCUUGGCUUCUCCUUCACACAAUAUCCGUGUCUCGGCUUCCGAGUGCUUGAUCUCAUUCUUGAACAACUGCAUUCCCAAGAAUGUCAUCAUUGAACCUUCCGUGUAUGAUGAAAAAACUCUCGAACAGUUGGCACGAGCCGCCUCUGAUCUGUUGUCUGUCAAAUACCAGGCAGCAUGGGUGGAGGUCUUCAACGUCUGCUCUGCCAUGUUUGACUGCUUCAAGUGGCGGUCGAGCCCGUUCCUCGUAGAUAUUGUUUCAACCGUUGGUGAAUUGCGCAGCAACGAGUCGUUCCACGGCAAGAAAGAGGCUGAUAUUGUCCUCGGAAGCGCCAUUGAGGCCAUGGGCCCCGAGGCCAUACUUGAGAUCCUCCCGCUGAACAUCAUCGAGCAGAAGAAUGGCCAACCUGGUCGUGUUUGGAUGCUGCCUAUUCUUCGUGAUAGCGUGACCAACACCAACCUGCGUCAUUUCCGUUCAGAACUCGUUCCUCUCAGCGAGACCCUCUACCAAAAGAUGGUGGAUUUCGAAAGUGCCGAAAAGCAUGUAGAAAAGAAGAUCUUCGAGACCCUGGUUCAGCAGACCUGGGGUGUUCUUCCCGGCUACUGCGAACUGCCACUGGACGUGGUUGAGGCCUUUGACCAGAGCUUCGCUGAGCUUUUGUCCAACGUCCUCUACAAGCAAACUGAGUUGCGUGUUGAGAUCUGCCGCUCCCUCCAGAACCUGGUUGAAUCAAACCAGGCCAUUCUGUCCAUCGAGGCUGAAGAGGAAGAUUUAAUCUUGCAGCGACGAAUCACAAAGGCUGCCGCAACACAGAACAUUGCCCACUUGGCUGGCUUUGCUAGCAACUUGUUGGCUGUUCUAUUCAACGUCUACAGCCAGACACUUCCUCAUCACCGCGGACAUAUCUUGCAGUGUAUCAAUUCUUAUCUGAGCAUUACUCCCGAACAAGAACUCAAUGAAACCUUUACUCGCGUCACUGAAAUGCUCUCAUCUUCUCUCGCCGUCGAGCAAGGCAACCCCAUCAAGUCGGAUCCAUCCAACAAGAUGCCACCGACCUCGCACACCCUGAUCGACCUGAUCAUUGCCAUGUCUAUCUACUUGCCCCGCUCCAGCUUUUCUGGGCUUUUCGCCAUGGCAGCCGCCAUUCUCAACGGGGAUUCCCCGAACCCAGACCAGCAGCUCAUCAAGAAGGCAUACAAGCUUAUUCCCCGUCUCGCUUCGACCGAGUCAGGCAGUGCUGCUCUUCAGGAGCGCAGUGGUGAGCUUCAGGCCCUGAUGCUUGCCACAGCUGACAAGACCCCUGCUUCUGGCCGGCGCGACCGCAUGCUCGCCAUCCACGAGCUGAUCACCCACCUUCCCACAUCCGAACUACACUUCAUCCCGUCUAUCCUGUCCGAGGUGGUUUUGGGAUGCAAAGAAAGCAACGAGAAAGCGCGCACUGCUGCUUUCGACUUGUUGAUUCAUCUAGCUCGCCGCACUAUCGACGAAGAGCGCAACCCGGCCGGUACUGUGAUUCGCAACUCCCUGGUGCCGCACAUGCCCGACGACUCACCCGAUGCCCCGGCUAAUAUCGAGGAGUUCUUCACCAUGGUUUCUGCUGGUCUGGCCGGUUCAUCCCCCCACAUGGUUGCUGCAUCAGUCACUGCCCUGUCCCGCCUCUUUUUCGACUUCCACAAGGAGCUUCGGGCUGAGGUUCUCACCGAUCUUGUUCAGACCGUUGAGCUCUUCCUUACCAGCAACAACCGUGAAAUCGUUCGCUCUGUCCUCGGUUUCGUCAAGGUUGCCGUUGUGGUUCUUCCCGAGGAAGCCUUGCGCCCGCGUCUGUCCUCCCUCGUCCCCAACCUCAUGGCAUGGAACAAGGAGCACAAGGGCCGUCUCCGCAGCAAGGUGAAGGGCAUCAUUGACCGUCUAGUCCGCCGUUUCGGUGCUCCCCUGAUGGAGAACCUGGUCGGCGAAGAGGACCGUAAGCUGGUAGUGAACAUCCGUAAACAGCGUGAGCGCAGCAAGCGUAAGAAGAAGGAAGGCGAGGCCGGCGAGGAUGACGAAGAGGGCGAUGAUAAGGCUGCUGACCAGCAGCCUAACAACGCCUUCGACAAGGCCGUGUACGGCUCCGACUUCUCAGACGACUCAGAGGAUGGAGAUGACGACAGCGAUAUCGACAUCGACGAGCAGACCCAAAUCAAGGGUCGUGCCAGUGGCAAGAAGAAGUCCGCCCAAAGCACCCAGUACAUCCGGGAGAUGUCACCGGAAGACAGCCCGCUGGAUCUGCUGGCUCCUGACGCUCUAGCCAACAUCUCCACCACAAAGCCUAGUCUGCGCUUCCUCAACACCGGCCCUGGUUCCAAGAAGAGACACGCUGCCAAGUUCGAUGCCGACGGUCGUCUCCUUCUCGGUGACGAGGCCGCUGACGUUGAGAUGGGCGGUGCUUCCGAGGGUGCAGGCGGUGUCAAUGCCUACCUGGCAGCCGUCAGUGGCCCCGAUGCCGCCCGCCGAGGCCAGAAGGGCAAGGUCAAGAUGAGCCAGGCCAAGCGGUCCAGCGAUGAUAUGGACAUAGACGAGGAAGACGAGGCUGCCAUCGGCCAGAGCAUGCGGUCCAAGGGCCAGACCUCAAGCCGUCGCGGUCUUGGCGUAGCCAAGACCCCUGGAGCUCCAGGCGGUGGUCGCAUCGAGAAGUUCCGCAACCCCGGGAGGGGUGGUGGCGGCGGCUUCCGUGGCGGACCCAGAGGCGGCGGUGACCGGGGCAGCCGAGGCUCAGGAGGCUUCCGUGGUGGCCCAGGUGGUCCCCGUGGAGGAUCAGGUGGUUUCCGCGGCGGUCCCAGAGGUGGCGGUGACAGGGGCAGCCGGGGCUCAGGUGGCUUCCGGGGAGGUCGAGGAGGCCGAGGAGGUGGUGAUCGAGGCGGCCGUGGUGGCUUCGGUGGCCGUGGCCGCAGUUAA